AUGGCUCCAGAAAACCGCCAACGUCGACGCCUAAGCAGCGCUACUCGCGCAUUAAUCGCAAGCCUUCCCCAGCAGAGCGCCGAAGACUUCGAACGAGCCUACUCCAGGACUCCUGCGCCGCCCAAACGGUUUGGAAAGACUCGUCAGCGAUUGAAUAUAUCGAAAUUGCGAUGCCCAUCUCGUUCGGAGACGCAGGUCGUGCAAGUCACUUUAGCAAAUGCUUCGAGGAAUCAAAUUGAUAAUGAAGAAGUUUGGGGGAAAGAUGAUAUGCGACAAGUGCAUGUGUUAUCAAAAAGUGCUCAAGUAAGCAAGAGGGUGACUUCCAAGACAUACUCUAAAAAACGAUCCCGUAUCGCCUCCCAGGGUCUCCAGGUGGAUCAGCUUCAGGACGGGUUCGGGAUGUCGCAAGGUGCGGAUAGCGAUGGUGAGGGUGCCCAGGAGCCGGGCUUUAAGGAGCAAUGUCCAAGUCAUCAACGUAACGCAAGCCGCAAGGCCGCAGAAGGUCACACGGAAGAACUCGAAGACCGCUGUGAGGCUACACCAACUGACGACCGUAACAUUCAUACACACAGUAGUAACGCCAAAUGCAAGGCUGAAAAUUCGAAAAUUCGAAAGAAACGGAAGAAAUGUCGGAGAUUGCCAGUCGAUCAAUUAGUGGUCCUCUCCCAGAGACUCUCGGACUCGGAUCCGGAUACAGAGAGCGUGAGACUAGCCGAGCUGUCGGAUGAUCCUAUCUCCCAGCUACACUCAGAAGAACGACCAGCUAGUAACCGUCGUAGCAAGCGGCCCCAGAAAGCUUCCGCCAAAUACCGGGUGGGCAGCAUCUUUGGAUCCAUUGAUAUUUCAGAAUUCCGCUUGCCAAAAGUCUACGGCAUAUCUUCGAGUGGGAAACGUGGACUCCAAGAAAGCCCUUCAUACUCUGACGGCUUUGAAGGCAUCGAAACUAGAUCUAUUAAAUCAUCAGUUGCUUGGAGCGAGCCCAGGCGACGCCGUGUACCGAGAACGCCAGUUAGGGUUGGUAGACUGACUCUUGUCACCGAGCGGAACCCUUGGGAGCAUGUAUUCAGAGAAAGCACGAAUCAAAGCAGGCGACUACGUCGACUCAAAUUUGGUGACUCAGCGCAUGUCCAAAAUGAUCAGCAUUCAACUAUAGAUAACCAAGGAUCGGCUCUUUGUCUUGGACAGCAGGUUCCGCAAGACUUUGUGCACAACACUGGCAGUGAGACUCAUAUGGAUGUAGAAUACCAGGAGCCUUACGACGGGGACAACCACCAAGAGUUCCAUUCCGAGCAGCAAUCUCAGUCCAUGCUCACUGAGUUCACACCAAGUAUACAAGGCGCAAUAGGAACAGAGGCACUAACAUCCAGGGUAUACUCCACGGACAUCACCACAGAUCCGCCGUUGGAGAGGCACCGUAAAGUAACGUUUAAUCUUUGUGUAGAUGACCAGAAAGAAACCCCGAAUAGCACUGCUAAGAGCUUACAAUCCCGAUCCAAGCCAUCAGCGGAGCUUAACGUUUCCCAGAGCUUUAAAUUGUUUUCAACGACGUCCUCGAGAAAUCCCAGGAAGGACGAGAUAGAAGUCUCUCAACGAUUGAUGAUGGUUUCUGUGCCACGACCCAUUAAACCGUCGAAGUUGGAUGAUGCAAAAGACGAAGAAGCUGCCACCGAUGGUUCAACCGACACCGAUGAUUCGAGCAGCUCCGGCCAGGAGACUGAUGAUGAUGAAAGCGAUGAAAGCUUAAAUGAUGAUUGGGAGCUUGAGGGCAGAACCACAUUCGAAGAUGUGGAGGUCGAGGAAGUAGAAGGAGGUGUGAACUCGCAGUCGAUUUCCGGCGAUGUGAAUAUAGAAGCGAGCGGUGAUGUUAGAGAAGAUCGACCGGAAUCGCUUGAGCGGGUUUUAGACUCUGACCGCCCUUGCGAGCAACCACCCAUUGAUGAAAAAGAUGAAGAUGAAAUGGCCUUAUCUCAUGCAACUCAGUCACCCCCCACCCAUCAUGCUCCCAUCCAACUGCCCUCAAAAAUGGAUAUCCCGAAAGUCGAACAGCCAAUUCCGCAUGAAGGAGGUAAACACAUCGAAGACACCGCAAAUGCUCUUGAACAAGUUGCAAGUCAAACCAUUGGCAUGUCAGAAGCAGAUGAUGGGAACAAGAGAUUAGGCCUGCUAAACACUGAACAUUUGCAGAUAUCACGGGACGCACCGCUAACAUGUCAUCUCAUAAAGGCGGAUGAAGACCCUAUGGAAAUCCCGACACCCCUGCCCUUGAGAAAUCGGGCUCAGCGCGGCUUAUCCAGAAGAUGCCCAUCAAGAAUUCCGUCUUUAACUAUCGUCCCAUCGCGCCAAAGCCCAGAUCUCGAUAUGGAGACUACUAUUGUGUGUCAUACGCAGGCAUCAAUUGAGUUAGGAGAUACACAGGUCUCAGAUGCCAGCCGAUGUAAUGAGGAGCCUGGAAUCCCCGAGACUCAAGUCGACGAUAAGCCUGACAUUCCCGAACCUCAGCAGACAUAUGCCCCGGAGUGUUGCAGUUAUUUUACUCGUGCAUCGCAAGAUCUAAACGGCACACUUCGCUCUGUACCUAUUUCUCGCACACGAUCCAUGCCGUCCAAAUUUUAUCCCUCAUCCUCGCAGUUAGAAGAGAAGGAGUGGAAUUAUGCUUCUUCUACUCCUCUUGGGCUUGUAUCUGGUCCAAAAAUUAUUCCCAGCAGGUGUUCAAGUCAGGUUACUUCAAAGGAGCAACGUUUGAAUACUUUAACUAGAACGGCUAGUUUGAGGCUGGGCAUGUUUUCAAGCAAUGGACCGAGGAGGAUGAUGAAACUCCCAUUCACACCGCCAUUCAAGAAACCUAUAUGA